CCACAGUGCUGGUUUCAUCCUGAUCAUUUGUAGUGCUAUCACUGGUCAUGAGUGUUGGUGAAACCGGUGUUGCUAUGGUGAUGUCAGUUGGAAUGGCUCCUCCUCUUCCUCUGAUCUUUCUGAUCUUGAUUCAUGGGGUUUCUGGUGCUGAUUGGGGUGUGAAUUACAGUCAUUCACACAUCUGUGCACUAAAGGACUCAUCAGUGAUAAUGAGCUGCACUUAUACAUACCCUACUGGAUACAAGAUCGAGAAAGUGUUCUGGACUAAAAACCCUGUAAAAGUUGGUGAAAAGUUUCCAGAUCUGUCUGAGGACCCUGAAUACAGUCAGAGGCUUCAGUAUCUGGGAGAUAAACAGAAGAACUGCACCAUCAGACUGAGUCAUGUGACAAAGAAGGAUUCACACAUGUACUAUUUCAGAUUCACAACUAAUGUAACAGAGGGCAAAUGGACAGGUUUACCAGGAGUGUCUCUUACUGUCACAGAUCUUCAGGUGGAGGCUCCUGAGACAGUGACAGAGGGUCAGAAUGUCAGUCUGACAUGUAAAAGCAGCUGCGCUCUGACUGACAGAGCAACAUUCAUCUGGUACAGAAACUCACAUCCAUUAACUGAGAGAAGAGACAGAAACAAUCAACUCCUGCUGCAGUCAGUCAGAAGAGAGGAUGCAGGCAGAUACAGCUGUGCUCUACAGGAACACACUUACAUCUCUCCUGCUGUUUAUCUCAGUGUCACGUAUCCACCAAAGAGUGCCUCAGUGUCCAUCAGUUCAUCUGGUGAAAUAGUGGAGGGAGAUUCAGUGACUCUGAGCUGCAGCAGUGAUUCAAACCCACCUGCAGAAAUCAACUGGUUUAAAGGAGGAACAUUUGUAGGAUCUGGAAGAAACUACAGCAUCUCAAACAUCAGCUCUGAUCACAGUGGAGAAUACAAGUGCAAGUCCAGAAAUCAACAUGGAGAGAAAGACUCUGAUGCUGUGACUUUAAAUGUCAUGUACCCACCUAAAAGCAUCUCAGUGUCCAUCAGUCCAUCUGGUGAAAUAGUGGAGGGAGAUUCAGUGACUCUGAGCUGCAGCAGUGAUUCAAACCCACCUGCAGAAAUCAGCUGGUUUAAAGGAGGAACGUUUGUAGAAUCUGGAAGAAUCUACAGCAUCUCAAACAUCAGCUCUGAUCACAGUGAAGAAUACAAGUGCAAGUCCAGAAAUAAACAUGGAGAGAAAGUCUCUGACGCUGUGACUUUAAACAUCAUGUAUCCUCCAAAGAGUGUCUCAGUGUCCAUCAUCAGUCCAUCUGGUGAAAUAGUGGAGGGAGAUUCAGUGACUCUGAGUUGCAGCAGUGAUUCAAACCCACCUGCAGAAAUCAGCUGGUUUAAGGAGGAUCAAAGCUCCUCUGUUGGAUCUGGACAGAGUUUCAGUGCACUACAGAGUGGACGCUUCUACUGUGAGGCUCACAAUCAACACGGAUCUCAGAGAUCAGACACUGUUACUGUCACUGUUAAAGUACUAUAUUGGAAGACAUCUCAUACAGCCAUUGUAGUAACACUGUGUGGAAUUGUAGCUGCUGUCAUCAUUGCAUUACUAACCUGCAGCUGUGUAAAAAGGAACAAACUGCAGUCCGAGUUCCUCGUGAACAAUUCUGAUGACAUAAGCACAAUAUCUGAUUCUAGUCUGUUCUCAUAUGUGAAUGAGAAUGCAGUGGCUGCUCAUCCUUGCAGUAAAACACCUGAUCCUAAAAUGAACAUCCAUGUGUAUGAGCAUGUUACAAUUUAUGAGAAUCUUCCAAUUCCUAACAGGAAUAUGCUGUAGUGGACGAUGGCACACACCAAAAUAUUUUACAACCUUAAUGUGUUUCUGUGUGGUGGAACCCUGGAUGUUUGACAGGAGUGUCUGAUGAUGCUUUACUGGAGAAUUAUGACAAGAUUUACGGAUACAAGUGGAAGUCAAAGGCUUGUUGCCAGCUAAUAAUAUCAUCAUGGAAAUAUGUUGUUAUAUGCAUUGUGAUUUGUUUGAUAGCAAUUACUUAUUGAUAAUUGUUUAUUUAUUUGUUGGAGUUUUUUACGUUUACCAUUUUGGAUUCAUCUUUCAUUCAAUAAAUUAGUAGUCUUAA